UCUAGUUUAUGAUAUCCCUUGUUUUUCUAUGCUUUUCUUUGUCCCAACAACAGCAGAAAAACAAUGAAGAAUUGGGUUGAAGAAGCAGCGGGAAGUGAUAAGGGCCUUAUAGAAAUGGAUACAAGGAAAAUUUUCACUAAAAUAUUCCUCCUAUACUGCCUCUUACUCUGCCCAGGUCCAAGUGAUACAAGGAAGGUUGAUAUUUUCACUGACCAAAAGGACAUUAGCACUCCAAUAGCAACCAUGCCUACAAUAAUUCCGACCACUCCUACUUCAUCCAGUCCAGUGUUGAAUCCUAAUUCCAACCCGGAUUCGACAUCUCCGGUGACCAUGACACCGAUGACAGUUCCAACGAUAAUUACAAGUCCGAUAUCUUCACGGGGCAGCUGGUGUGUGGCUAGCCAAAGUGCAUCACAAACUGCAUUACAAGUUGCUCUAGACUAUGCAUGUGGAUAUGGUGGUGCUGACUGCGCAGCAAUUCAGCCUGGAGGAAGCUGUUACAAUCCCAACACAGUUCGUGCUCAUGCUUCUUAUGCAUUUAACAGCUAUUUCCAGAAGAAUCCAGUUCCUAGUAGCUGUAAUUUUGGAGGGACUGCUAUUACUACCAGCACUGAUCCGAGUAGUGAAAGAUGUCAGUAUCAAUCCACAAGCACAAGUUCCUCCGUCCUAAAUGCUACCAAUUCAAAUGGUUCACAUGUUUUUGGAGUUAUGCCAACACACCCAUCUCCAUCGACAGCGUCCGCCAUCAAAUUAAAUCCCAAGCAGCCUAUUUUUAUCAUAAUGGCAUGUCUCAUUUUGCUGCUGGUCAGAUACCAUCAAUAGAAUGAACAAAGGAAAAUUUCAUUUCACUCCUUGUUUUUUUCUUAUAUCAACUCACAGUGCAAUUCUCUUCGUUGCCACAAGGUUUUUAAUUUUUCGUGGAAACUAAGUUGAACCAAUAGUUUGUGGAGCGUUGCUAAUUGGUUGGAGGGUACAUUAAUCC